AUGACUUUUGAAGCAAACUCUGAACAAGAUCAUGUUACAAAUACUAUAAUUGUGACGUCGGGAUCUCAACUUGAUGUGACUGAUUCGAAGCAUGUAAAUGUUUUGAAUGAAUGGUUAGCUCUUACGGUGUUGCAACAAUAUACGAUUACAAAUGAUAAUCCUUUACAACUAAUUAUAUUGAAAAAUUUUAAGAGGAUACUAUUAAUAUCAUCCAAUCAUGAAAUAUCAAAAAGUAUAAUGGAUAUAAGUCGAGAUCCAAUGGUUUCAAUGUUUAAAUUUAGUUAUUCUUUAGCCGAUACGUCUAACAGUCUCAGCAAACAAUAUCUAGAGUUACCUAAAGGAGAAAGAUUGUUCUUGAUAUCGCCCCCAACAUCACCACCUCCUGGGUUUGAUUAUUCGAAAUGUGAGGAAGUACCUAAUAGGGAUUCUGUGUCGAGAUCACAUUUGAACGACCAACCUCAUCUGUAUGAGAUCAUCAAUAACAAUGGUAAUGAUCAACAACCAAGAGAGAUAACUUUGUUAGAUUGUAAUACAGGUAAAAUUGUCGUUAAUACUUGUAAAAAUAUAGAUGAUGCAGAAGUUGGGAUUCAACUGAUACCUACAGCCAUGCCACCAAAGUCUAUAUUCGAUGACGAUGAAGAUCUUUUGACAGAUGUUGAUGACGAUUAG